CCACGUUCGAGGAGCUGUGAUCGGGAAGCUCGUGGGAUGUCCAACUUGCGCCGCCGCCGCCGAUAACGACGCCUCACACAGGGCAAGACGAUCCAGCAAUAUCCUCGAAGCUCUUCACGCACGCCAAACCACAUACGAAACCUCGCGCAUUCCCACAGGCACAGCAUCGCCUAAGAACCUGCCGCCCCCAAAGCACACAGCACCCCUCCGGCGAGGGCACCCGACAUCAGGAGCCACGACCGACCAAGACACCACCACAACCAGCCGGCAGUUCUCCCUCCCAAGUCACAAUGUCAUAUUACUUCGCGAUAAUAGGCACCCAGGACAACCCGCUCUUCGAGCACGAGUUCGGUACCUCGAAGCAGGGCGGCGACGGGCAGUCCCACUUCAGCGAGCAGGCGCGCCACAUGAACCAGUUCAUCCUGCAUAGCAGCCUGGAUAUCGUGGAGGAGGUACAAUGGGGUAGUGGGCAAAUGUACCUCAAGAUUGUCGACAAGUUUUUCAACAACUACGUCUCGUGCUUCAUGACGGGCAACAACAUGAAGUUUCUGCUGCUCCACCAGCCCACCAACGCCGCCGCCGGCGCGGGGACCGCAGGCUCCUCGUCGCGCUCAUCGACCUCGAUCGGCGCGAACCCGACCUCGCCACAGGCAGAGGAGGCCAUCAAGAGCUUCAUGCUGGAGGUCUACGAGAACUGGGUCAAGACUCUGAUGAGCCCUUUCUACUCUGUCAACCAGGAGAUCCGGAGCCCCGUGUUCAGACAGAGGGUCGCAGCGGCAGGGCGCAAGUAUCUGUAAGAUCAAAUCCGCCGUUGGAGAACGUCAAUGGAAAGGGAUUGGCAGUAUGGAAUAAUUAGACAGUGUCUGUCUGGGAAUAGAGCAUUGCAUGGCGUCUGGCGUCCAAGGAUAUACAUUUACCUCAGGAAAUUACACAAAACAUUGAGUCGGCCUCGGUCGAAUCAUAUUGAUCUCAAACGACACGGGACAAGGAGCCGGGCUUGUAAACUUUGUAUACAAAUCCUACCAAAGACAGAAGAAUCACGUUGUAAUUAUCACGUCAUGCGAAUGCAACAUUGAUAGCAACUGUGGUAGCACGCCCGUUCAUGGGGCUGAUUGUAUUGUUGUAAAAUUAUCAAACACCA